AUGACCGACAAGGCUGUCUCUCUCGCCAGUACAACAACCUCCAACCCCAGCAUCGUGUCCGCCAUCUACGAGGAAACGCGCUCGCAGCUAAGAGACCUACUAAAGCGGCGACGCGAACUCGAGGUUGCCCUCGCCGCUCAAGAAACUCUUAUUGCUAAGAAAGAGCAUGAAUAUCUCGAGGAGACGCCGAGCGGAAAUGUUAUCACCGGUUUCGAUAACUACACCAAGGGAAAUCUGGUAACUGGCCGGCGGCGUGGCCGCGACGAAGAAGAGCGUGAACGACGCUGGCGUGUAUUUAGUCGCAGCAGUAUUAGCUGGAACCCCCAAACCGAGCAACCAGAGGCUGAUCAGAGCGCUGCGAACACUGCUACAACCGAGACUCCGACUAUGGCGAACUUUCAAAAGAUUGAGGUAGCUAGCGUCCACGCUGUGUCGACUAAUGCUACGAGUGCGGGAAAAGGGACGUUGACAAAAAAGAAUAAAAAAGGUUUUGAAGAUGUUGAUGGUGGGGAAAAGGACCAAAAAAAAGCAAGGAUUAGCUUCGGUCCAGUCAGAAAGUAG